GACGUAAUCAUCUUGCGCCUCUCGGCAGCCGCCGGACUCCUGGAGCCAUGGCUUCCUCCGGGGUGGCGGGUGGGAGGCAGAAUGAAGAUACGCUGCAACCGCCGCCGGAGCUGCUGCCGGAGUCCAAGCCGCCACCGCCUCCUCAGCCUCUGCAGGUCGCCGCGCUCCCGCCGCCGCCGGCUCCGCAGCCUCAGUCCCCAGCAGGCGUGAAGGAGGAGAAUUACUCCUUUUUGCCGUUGGUUCACAAUGUCAUCAAAUGCAUGGACAAGGACAGCCCCGAUCUCCACCAGGACCUGAACGCCCUCAAAACAAAGUUCCAGGAGAUGCGGAAGCUCAUAGGCACCAUGCCCGGCAUCCACGUGAGCCCUGAGCAGCAACAGCAGCAGCUACACAGCCUCCGAGAGCAAGUCAGGACCAAGAACGAGCUUCUCCAGAAGUACAAGAGCCUCUGCAUGUUUGAGAUCCCCAAGGAAUAGGGCCAGAUCCCAGGAAAGCUGCCAAGAGACCUGUGGCUUCAGAGCUGUGGGAGCCCGGCUCUAAACUGUGAGGCUACAUGUGGCUGUAUUCGGCCUUGAGGAGCUAUGCCCAGGCCCCAUCAGCAGAUCUAGAGGGCACAGAGGGAGAGGAGGGAGCUGUUGCCUUCCAUCCCUCCGUUCCUCCCACUCCUGAUACCAUCAGCACGUAUCAGGUACAUACUGUUCCCGUUAACAGCAGUUUCAUGAAGCAUUUGCAUAGAACUCAUGGGGUAAAUUAGGCCUGCACUCAGAUGGCAUGGAGUUAAUAUAAUUAAAGAAGGCUGUGAGAGCAUGAGCAUUGUUUUGAAAGGCCAGAGGGUGGGUGGCUUCUCCCCCAAAACAAUUCUCUUCCUUUUUUGUUUGGACUACUGAAUGAAACUGUCUCUGGGGGCGGCAGCCCAGAGCCCUGCCUGCCAUCCACCAACCUGUUUCCAGCCUCCUGCCUGCUAGCCGUGUUGGCUCUUGCUGCCUUUAUCUCCAUCACGCCAGGCAGUGCUCAGAAUAGCCAAAGCACUGCUUGCCUGGGGCCCUUUGUCCUUCCUACACCGGCUCAAAGAGGCUGCUAAGCAAGCGGCCCUGCCCUGAUUCAUACGCUU